AUGAAAUCCGAAGAGGAUAGAAAUUCAACGGUCGUUCGUAACGAAUCGUCGAAUCCAAAAAAUCAAAAGGGAGGAUAUGGAACUGAAUUGGUUAAAUUCGAGCCUCCCGAGGAAAACAAAGAAAAGCCUGGAAAACGUUCAAUGAAAACCGAUGUCGAAUUGUCAAUCGGGACUUCGUCGAUUUUUGAUUUCGAGGCUUUUGAGGAAAGUCAGAAAAGAAAGGAUGGAAAGAACCUUGUUGAAUAUUCCGAAGAAAAGGAAGGAAAGUCCUUGAAACCCACCGAGGCAAAGAAAAAACAAUACGAGCACAGAUAUUCGACAAUGGACUUUCGUAUUUCUCCUCGAAAACUUAGGCUGAUAGCAAAUCAGAUUGCCGGAAAAUCUAUCAAUGAAGCUAUAGAACAAAUGGAGUUCUCGCGUAAGAGAGCUUCGAAAAAAAUAAUGAAUUCCCUGAUCACUGCUAGAGAUCAUGCGUGGAGGUAUAAAAUGAUGAGUCCCGAAGAAGUAUAUGUUGAACAAGCAUUUGUCGGCAAGGGGUUAUAUAAGAAGAGACCGAGUUUUAGAGCUCGAGGUAGAUUUAGCAUUUUGAAGAUCAAGAGGGCGCACAUGAAAUACAUCCUUAGAGUAAGAAAACCGGAAAAGGAUCAAGGAAUAGCUACAAAACGUCAGGUGAAUGCCGAUAAAUACAAACCAAAGAAAAAUCCGUGGGUUCCACUUGUCGAAAAUAAACCGAUCUAUAAUCCGCCGAGAUUCUACAAUUGUAAGCUGACAAUUUUCGACGCGUCAAGUGCGAAAAUCACCAUGAAACAGAUAGAGAACGACUCGCCUAAUAGACGAUCGCCGAGGAUUGCCGCCAAGAGAAACUCUUUAGCCCUCCAACCUGCCAGAAGUUGUUUAAGGAAGAAUGACGAUACGACAACUAACUUUGACCUCUUACAAGAAGAUAAUACAAAUCUUUUGGGAAUUGCCUGUGAUAGCACGGCAACUUUUACGCUGCGCAACUUCGACGAUACAGGAACACUCGAUGAGAAUGGGCGGCGCAGAAAAUCGUUAGGAAGAAGAGUUAGUUUUGCGGCAACGGCUCAUGUCCGAUUAUUUGACAAAGAUGAGGCUGCCGAUGAUGCACCCGCUACAUCAAAAAAAUCAGAACCUCAAAAUGAGAAACCUACAACAGAAUUUAUGUUGGCGCUUCCGGCCACGCCUUCACCAAACAAUAGUUUAAUAUCGAAUAAUGAUCCUCUCAAGAACCGUACUGAAGAGAAUGGUGCAUCACAAGCCGAAGACCCCAAAACCGGGGUGGAUUAUGCGCCAGCUCAAGAUCAACAGAAAGUGGAAUCGGACAAAGGAGUAAACAUCCAAGAUGAAGAAGUUGAUAUGACGCUUGCUUCGCUCGCGGAUCGAGAUACAAGUGUUAUUCCUAAAGAACCGUUAUUAGAUCAUGAAAAUAAAUAUGCACCAGUUGUAAGCCAGGUCACAACAAACGCGGACGAGCAAGACAUGUGCACUGUUGAAGAUAUGUCCAUUGAUGAAUUAGAUAUGUCAUUGGUUGAUGUAACUUCUAAAGAUCAAAGAAGCGGUCUGCUGGAUUCUCCCGUGCCCAUGUUACUUGAGACUAAUGAAGUAUUUAUUGAGCAUGCGACAGACAUGGAGAAAGAUAUGUUGAUAGACCAAGACCAAAUGCAUGAUUUGCCAGCCACUGAAAUUUUCGACAUGUCAAUUGUUAGAUCUGAAAAUGGUCGUGAUUCGUCGAUGAGAGUAUCAAUUGGGGAAAAAAAUAUUACUGAAAAACAAUUUUUGGAAUUUACUGACAUGUCACUGGUUGAAGAAACUCAGAUGGUUCUCGACGAGGAUGUAGAGAUGUCGAUAGAUGAGGAGGAUACGUGCAUGUCGCUGAGUCAUCAAUCCAAUUCGACCGAACGAAAAUCACCCGAAAAACAAACGGCCGAAGUUGUCGAUGUUACUUCCGAAGAACUGCGAUUUAUGAAUGAAGCUAUUGAUGAACAAAACGCUCAGAUACAAAUCUUUGAAAAUGAGUUUGAAAAUCUUAAAAAUGAUUUGCACAAUCUCCGAAACCGUCGCACGAAAUUAAAGAACGAAAAGCUCGAAUUGAUUCAAGCAAGUAAAUUUACAACACCAUAUGGUUGA